CAGCUUGCCCCGCAAAUUGUUGCGUUCUGGUGAGUAAAUAACGUUUGGAAGUCGUGAUUCUAACUCAGUGUUAUGGAAUUUAACUAGGGUCGACACAGAAUGGCCUCAGCCCCAGCACAACAGCCCACCCUUACUGUUGAGCAGGCCAGAGUGGUACUCAGUGAGGUGAUCCAAGCAUUCUCGGUGCCUGAGAAUGCAGCCCGCAUGGAAGAGGCACGGGAGAGUGCCUGCAACGACAUGGGCAAGAUGUUGCAGCUUGUGCUCCCGGUCUCGACACAGAUCCAACAGGAGGUUAUCAAAGCUUAUGGCUUCAACAACGAGGGAGAAGGUGUCCUUAAAUUUGCCAGACUGGUGAAGAUGUAUGAAACCCAGGACCCUGAAAUUGCAGCCAUGUCAGCUAAAUUGAAGUCUCUACUCUUGCCACCUCUGUCAACUCCUCCUAUAGGUGGGGGCAUUCCAGCCUCAUAAGUUACAAUGUGGAUGCGAGUUGUCCUAAUUUUGCAGCUCAUCUCAUGUUUAUUCACCUAGUGUAUUCUAGUGAAACAUGUGUUACUUAACUAGUUUUGUCUCCCAUAAAUACCCUCCCUAAAUACAGACCUAGUACAGUACAAUUCAGUACUCACUGCUUUGCAGGGUUAAAAUUAUAUACAUGUAUAAGUGCUACUUUGAACUGUAAAUUGCUUCUUGAUGUAUUUAUUUUGUUGUUUUUUUACAUUGAAGCCAUUUUCACCAUGUACUAUUAUGUUGUCAAAGAGCAGACUAAAGUCAUCUUCCUUAUAAAUCUUCUGUUCUAUUAUUUUAUAGCUUAUUUGUCUACUGCCAAAAUAUCAUCUGUUACUGCUUAAGGAUGUACCUGUAUUAAAUAAAAGCUACUUUGGUAA